AUGAUUGAACAGGACAAGGUAGACAACGUUGUUGAAAAUCGGUCAGAAGAGAACAUAAACAGUGAAAAUGCGGGGAACAAAACACAAGAAAACGAAAUGAUUGUAAUCGAAAAGGGAAAUCAAAUAACCAUUCAUGCCAAUGUAACGAUUCAGAGAUUCGGUUCAGAGACCAAUUCAGAGAAAGAAAACGAAACUCAAUCUGAAGAAGAUCCAAUACCGAAGAAGAUAGAAUCUGUCCAGAGAAUAAGAACAAAAGCAAAAUUGAAUUUGGAAACCCAAGCUGAAAAAAAUAAAGCCAAGUCGUCUGAUAACUAUUCAAAUGUGAAAGUUGGCCAAAAUGUAAGACUGAAAGUACCUGACAUUGACAGAGCUAAAACUGACCUGAAAAGCAUUAUUGCAGUUGUGAUAGAUGUAAAGGACAAUGAGUUUUACCAACUAGGUACCAAUAUUAUAAGAGAAAGAAGUGAGUCUUCGAGAAGUUGUUGGAAAAUUGUCGUUGACUGGAGGACAAGGAUUAAAAAAAUGUAA